CUCCGCCAGUGGUUCGCUCCUCUCUCCAGCUGAUCGGCCCAGGAUCCCCGGUGCCUCCGUCCGUCGUUCGCUUUGACGGCUCCGGCGUGUCAAUGUCGGCUUAAACGGUCUGAAUUUCACCGAGUCAGUGGCCGCUCGUGUCGGCAAGUCGUUCAUUUAACACCGUAACAACGCAGGACAGUCUGGCCCGGGUGUUGACUGAGUACUUGUCAAAGCCAAGGGAAUCUAAAUACGAGGCCCUCACUCUAGCCACGGAUUCACCUGCUACGCGGAGAGCCUGACACGGGAGACCGACAUGGGGGACACGGGGAGCGAGGGCAGCAAGCCUCCGAGUAACGUUAACGUUGUACCCCCGCGCUGCCCCUGUGGGUUCUGGGGGUCGAGCAAAACUAUGAAUCUCUGCUCAAAAUGUUUUGCAGACAUUCAGAAGAAACAGCCAAACGAGGAUUGUGCCCCAAAGGCCUCUUCCAGCACCAGCCGCAGUCAAGCAGACCUCUUCUGUAAUGAAACGAGCAGCAGCAUCAGUCAGUCCCUGAUGUCGAUGCCUAACGCAUCAGAAGACCCUCUGCCUGGAGAGACGGGAGUGACCUCUGUGCCUGUUCAGGACGGGGUAUCCAGCACAGACACAGUCUUGGGUUCACUAUCCACUCCUACGAAACGUUCAUUUAACUCAGCCUCAGAGUCAGAAAGUGAUGUUUCACCUGAAAAGCGAGCAAGAGUGGGUGAGGUCCCAGAGGGUGAGGAGUCCUCGUCAUCAUUAUCAUCUUUGUCUGCAUCAUCGUCGUCAUCCUCGUCUCGCAGCGGCUCUAAACAGCGGAGCCGCAAACGUUGCCAUCGCUGCCAAACCAAACUGGAGCUGGUACAGCAAGAGCUGGGUUCCUGUCGCUGUGGUUAUGUCUUCUGCAUGCUCCACCGACUUCCAGAGCAGCACGAGUGUCUGUUUGACCACCUGGGUCGUGGGCGUCAGGAGGCCGUCCUCAAGAUGGUGAAGCUCGACCGCAAGGUGGGCCGCUCAUGCCAGCGCAUCGGGGAGGAGUGCUCUUGAGCAGCCGUUCCCCCUCAGAUGAAUCUCCGUGUUCAGACGGUGUGUCAGCACUAACAGGGAUAUGAUUUUCUUCUUCUUCUCACCUUGUUUUUCAGGACUUUUGCAGGUUUUUUGGAUACAAAAUCUCCACUCUUUUGUUUUUUUUUAAACUUAAGCGAGCUCUUUUUAAAUCCCACAGUUACAGAUAUCCUGCUUGUUUCCUGCCUCUGUUGGCUUCGUCAUAUCCCUGCUGCUAAGAUGCAUUUUGGAAAAAGACAAACACAGGAAUGGUAGAACUAUAGAGAGCAAAGGAAAUACACGAUUUCCUCACUUUUUUUGCAAGCUCUUGACUACGCAGGUAUGAAUGGAGUAAGAAUGAAUAAAAUGAUGAAGAGAAGAAGUACGAUGCUUUAUACUAAUGUUUGACUUGGAAGCCAGGAUAUACUCUUUACCUCAGAGAAGAAAAUUCAAAAGAUGCAAUGAAUGAUGAAGAGGAGGAGAAAGAAAUGGACACCCUUCAUGUACACUUUGGCUUUGGCGCUGUUUAUAGACUGUGCUCUUUACCUCAAAAUCAGACCAGAGCUGCUUUGUACGCUGCGCCGGGCUUAGACUUUGUGAAGCUAGACAGCCUCAGUUAAAGUCAGGGUCUUACCCCCUGGCCACCCACCACCUAUAAUCCUACACCUUUAGAAACACAAACACCUGGUAAUCAUCCACCUCAGGAUACUGAAGCUCAUCCUUCCUACCAACUCACAUCCUUUUUUCCUGCUCUACAAGACACCAUUUUCUCCUUUGAUUGAAUUUUUGACGACCAUCUGGAAACUCUUAAGUCCAUUUUCAGAACUUGCAGCAUGUGUCGGACUCAGACACACAUACUGGUGGUGGGAACAGUGAACUGGUUGUCCUCGGAUUACCCACACAGACCCGUCUUCAGUGUUGGGAUGCGACUGAUGAAGACCUAAUUUGUUGAGGAUUUCCUCUGUCUUCCUCUUGUCAUCUGUCUUCAUCUUAUUUUCUUCCACAUGGAGACAUUUCCUCCUCGCAUCCCUCGUCUUUUUGGGCGGUUUAUGGCUUGUGUGUGCUGGAUGUGUACAAACUUCAGGAAGACAAAAUUUGCAGGACAUGAGAGACAAAGUGUGCUUUCGAUCUCUGAAUGGACCUGGAAUGUCUGCAUUGUCACACGUUACUAUAGUUUUGCAAAUACUCACAGUUCGACUCCUUUGUGUUGUUGUAUGUGCUCAGCUGCUGUUCAUGCUGAGCACAAACAGGUAAAAUCAAACAUUGCUGUACACUUUGAGUUUGGACUGAAGCUGCAAUAGCAAACUCAGAGGUUCCUGUUUGGGAUUGAAAUGGCUGUUCAGGCCUCUAAUGUUGUUCCAGGCCUUUGUUUCAGUUAUCGACAUUCUAAAGCUGAUUUUUGGUGCCAGCUUUGAAGCAAGACUUAAUCUUUUUGUGAUUUUCACUCCCUUCACCGAUACUUUAUCCUUGACUACAUGUUAUGAUUUCCAGCCAGCAUGAUGAGAGCACAUGCAUUCUCCUUCUUCUUCCUUUAUUUUGUUUUUCUCAUCUUUCCCUGUAUUGAUUGCUCUAUUUUUCCUUAUUUCACCCUCUCUGUCUCCCUUCCUUCCUCCCUCUUUCUUGUGAUACUAAGGAUGAGGGAAUAGCGCUGGGGUUGGCAAAGUGCUGAAAGUGAAAAUCAGCAAAUAAUUACCUUCCAAAUGUUUUCCUGGUGGACUAUGGAGGGAAUGAAAGGAAAAUGCAUAAUGAAUGAAUAUUGUGUAUCUUAAAGAAGACCUUAUUUAACCUCUUUUGCGUUUCAGAUUUACUUACACUUAAGUGUAGUGCUGCAUUUUUGGUUGUAAUGUGGUUAUAAAGGGGGAAGGUGAAUGUGGAAAAUUCUAUAUUUUUGUUUCUUUUGCUUCCCUUUUUGCUUCCCCUUUCCAACAUUUUUUUUUCUUUUACUCAGAAAGAAUAAACUGGAUUAGACAAAAUA